AUCAAGCAGAAAUGGCUGUCUCCCUCCAGCGCAUUGAACGGCUGUCCAGUAGAGUGGUGCGGGUGCUGGGCUGUAACCCGGGUCCCAUGACCCUGCAGGGCACCAACACCUACCUGGUGGGGACCGGCCCCAGGAGAAUCCUCAUUGAUACUGGAGAGCCAGCAAUUCCAGAAUAUAUCAGCUGUUUAAAGCAGGCUCUGACAGAAUUUAACACAGCAAUCCAGGAAAUCAUAGUGACUCACUGGCACCAGGAUCAUUCUGGAGGCAUAACGAAUAUUUGUAAAAACAUCAAUAGUGACACCACAUAUUGCAUUAAAAAACUUCCACGUAACCCUCACAAAGAAGAAAUUAUAGGAGAUGGAGAACAACAAUAUGUUUAUCUGAAACAUGGAGAUUGUAUUGAGACGGAGGGAGCCACUCUAAGAGUUAUAUACACACCUGGCCACACUGAUGACCACAUGGCCCUUCUUUUAGAAGAGGAAAAUGCUCUCUUUUCGGGAGAUUGUAUCCUGGGGGAAGGAACAACUGUAUUUGAAGACCUUUAUGAUUAUAUGAACUCCCUUAAAGAGUUAUUGAAAAUCAAGGCUAAUGUUAUAUAUCCAGGACAUGGCCCAGUAAUCUGUAAUGCUGAAGCUAAAAUUCUAGAGUACAUUUCUCACAGAAAUAUCCGAGAACAGCAAAUUCUGACAGUAUUUAAUGAGAACUUUGAAAAAUCAUUUACAGCUAUGGAUCUUGUAAAAGUCAUUUACAAGAAUACUCCUGAGCAUUUGCAUAAGAUGGCUGAACACAAUGUCUUGCUUCAUUUGAAAAAAUUAGAAAAAGAAGGUAAAGUAUUUAGCAACACAGAUUCUGAGAAGAAAUGGAAAGCUCAUCUUUAGUUUCAGAUUAAUGAAGAGUUUAUUUUGGGGUUUUCUUUUGUUGCUUUUGAGCUACAAGUAUGUUUUGUUAGCCAUAAUUUGU